GUGUUGUCUGUCCUGCCUCCAGAUACGCACGCUCAGCUGGAUCUGGCCUAUCGACUGUUUUCCUUCGCCCACUCACAGAGAGUUCGGCAACUGGAAGCUGAAGGAAGGCAGUUGAGGGACGCCCUGGUUCAGAAGCAGAACGAUGCCGUCGUUUUGGAACGCAGACUGAAGGCAGCAGAAAUAAGUGUGAGGGAAUUGACAGAUAGGAGCAAGAGGGAUCAGGAAGAGACACAAAAGCUUCAAGCGGAAAAAUGCGCCCUCAUCGAUACCGUGAAGAAAUUGAACAGAGAUGUGUCCAAACUGGAGGGUUUGAAGCGUCACAUUCUGCAAUCUCUGCAUGAGGAGGACCAGGCAGUCAGGCUGGGGGCUUCAACAUCUUCUGAGGUGGACCUUGCAGGGGAGCGCCUGGUUUCAAAUGUGCUCAGUUUAGCGUCCACUCCUGGAGCACAGUCGAGCUCUGGACAUCUGAUGACCCCGUCGCUGUCAAAUGGGAACAUGGAUGCUGCUUCAGGAAUUCUUGGGGCUGGGCUGUCUGUGAGCCGGUUAUCAACACCUUCAUUAUGCUCUGAUCCCCCUGGCGGGAUGUAUUCUCCGAGUGCAUUUUCUCCAAGUGCGCCAAACAGAAUCGAUGGAAAGGAGUUUUUCAGACAAGCACGAGGUCGUCUUCCUUACGAACAAUUCAGCCAAUUUCUUAAGAACAUCAAAGAAUUGAACCAUGGGAGACAAACACGAGAGGAGACCUUAAGAAGGGCAAGGGACAUCUUUGGCAUUGCCAACAUUGACCUAUACAAUUCUUUUGAAGGGCUGCUGAGUCGCCAUCUGCCAUCUCUGUGA